AAGGGGGCGUGUCCUCAGUUAAGCCCCGCCCCUUUUCCCACAGCAGCCCCGCCCUUCCUGGAGGAGCCGACCAAUGGCAGCGUGGUGUUGGGGAAGGGGGCGGAGCUUCGCUGCACCGUGCGAGGGGGCGUGGCCGUCCAAUGGGCGCGGGGAGGGCUGCUAUUGGGUGGGCUACCAAGCCCCGCCCACCCGCGAUACCGAUUGGUCGGAGAGAAAGGGAAAGGUGAGCAUCACGUGCGCAUCAUGGCCGCCCAGCUGGAGGACGAUGGAGUUUGGCAGUGCCAGGCGACGGGGGGGAACGGGACGGUCGGGUCACGGCCAGCAACGCUCAGUGUGAUGGUUCCCCCCAACCAACCAGAGCUGGAGCUGCCCGAGGGGGCGGAGCUUCCGUGGCGGGAGGGGGCGGAGCUCGAGGUGAAAUGCCGAGUGGGCGGGGCCAGACCGGCGGCCAAUCUGAAGCUGGAGUUGGGGGGGGAAGUGCUGCCCCACGGCUCCGCUCACGUCACUGAGGAUGGAACUGACCCCAGGCUGAGCAUCACACACAUCAGCGCACGUGUGUCCCCCCGCCGUGGUUCCCAUGGACAGACCCUGUUGUGUUCGGCCACCAACGAGGCGGGGGGGGACCCCAAGGAGACCAGGAUGACGGUCAGCGUGCUCUUUCCCCCGGACCCUCCCACCAUUGAGGGUCUGGACUCUCCCCGCGUGCGGUUGGGGGACACACUGCGACUGCUCUGCACGGCCAGGGGGGGGAACCCGGCCCCCAGUCUGCACUGGGAGAAGGUACUGGGAUAAACUGGGAGGGACUGGGAUGGACCGAGAGG